AUGCAGAACAGACGAUACGUCUGGACGAAGAACUUCCCGAACGGCGAUCGGUACAAUGGUGAGGCGAUCGGGGAAAAUAUCAAAGAUGGCCACGGAGAGUUCUCUUGGGCUGCAAGCGGUGCCACUUAUGUUGGGACGUGGAUGAAGGAUAAGCCACAUGGAAAAGGCAGGUAUGCUAUUCCGGGCGACACGGGAUAUACAUACGAAGGUGAUUUUGUAAAAGGGGAACGUUGUGGUCGUGGCACCUGCAUCUUCUCUAACGGCAGGCGAUAUGAGGGAGAGUGGUUUGGGGACAAGAUGCAUGGAAAUGGGUGCCUCGUUGGGGCCUCAGGUGUCGACGAUUACGCAGAAUAUACUGGACCCUUUGUAGAGGGUGAACGGAGUGGUGUGGACGGGGUAUGCAAGUACGCAAAUGGUGACUUAUAUAAAGGAUCUUGGCUACACGAUGAACGCCACGGAUACGGCGAACUGCAGCUUGAUAGGACAUCUAGUACACCUGGGUAUAACCCGCGAAUGGGUGAGGCUCAUGUGAUCGCCUACAAGGGUGAGUUCCAGAAUGAUACACCAAAGGGAUUAGGAGAAUUCACAUAUUCUGACGGCACCGCCUACAAGGGAGGGUGUGACGGUUACUGGCGCCAUGGAGAAGGUGAGCACCAUACAGAAAAAGGUGACGUAUACAAGGGUUCCUUCCAACGUGAUCUUCGCCAUGGUAAAGGGGUUCUUCGAAAUAGGAUCGGUGAAUACGACGGGGAAUGGCGCAAUAACCUCCUAGAAGGGCAUGUUACUUUUAAAGCCAACACUUCUGCUUCCUUGGAAACGGGCUUUGUAUAUUACGAGGGUCCUUGUGUAGGCGGUGAAAUGAUUGGCACAGGUGCGGUAGCGAAGUUCCGUGACGGAAGCUCAUACACUGGCGAGGUUUCCUCUGGUAAACCAAAUGGCAAAGGUGUUUUGGACAACAAGCGAAUGACCAUUUCAGGUAUUGGUGAUAUCACACUUCGGUACACCGGGGAAUUCGUGGGUGGUGUACCGAAAGGACAAGGUGAGGGUGUGUUUACCAUCGUUGCGCCAGCUCCACAGCCUGCACCAUCACCACCCCUUUCCUUGGAAGUGCGCGGGUUCAUUCCAUCACUGAGUGUCUCUGGCCGGUACUCUGGUAUGUGGGUAGGUGGAUUGCCCAACGGUGACGGGGAGUGGCGGUGGGAAAAUGGAACGAGCUAUCAAGGCGCCGUACAGGCUGGAUUGCCGCAUGGCAUCGGUCUCUUUGUGGCGCCGGAUGCACAAUACGAAGGUGACUUCGCCCUCGGGUAUCCUGACGGCCACGGCACGAUGUGCUGGGAUACCGGAAGAGGGAAAGAAACAUACGAGGGCGCAUGGAAGAAGGGGCACCUGGAGGGGGAAGGGACGUUAAAGCUGAGUGACGGCACCACCUACACAGGUGGGUGGGAGAAAGGGAAGAAAGAGGGACGUGGAGUGGAGAGUGCGCCACACAGUUAUCAGUACAAAGGAGAGUUUAAGGAUGGUAAGCGCCACGGACAGGGAAAACUUUCCCUGGAACGGGAAUGCAUGGAGUACGAGGGUGAGUUCACAAUGGGGGAAAUGACCGGGAAUGGCAAACUCACGCUGGAAGACGGCACUGUGAUGACAGGUGGAUUUGUCGAUGGGAAAGUGGACGGGGAUGUGGAAGUCAGGAUGCCAAAGAGUGGAAUAUUCGUAGGGAAGUUUAAUAACGGCGUGGUCUGCGGCACCGGUAGCAUGGUGUAUCCCAAUGGAGACAAAUAUGAAGGUGAAUUCGUCGACGGUGGUGGUCCAAUGCCGCUGCGCCAUGGACAAGGGAAAUACACUUUUGUCGAAGGAAAUGUGCUUGAAUGUACGUGGAAACGAAAUGUUCUGCACGGCGAGGGCGUGUACACUACCAGAACCGGCGACAGAUCAGUGCGUUCCUACGUGGAAGGGGUGCUUCGGACUGUGCAAUCCGCUAAUACCGACGUAUUUACUCCCGAGAAUGAGUUCCCCAACACUUUGUCUGAGGCGGCACUGAAAGAGCGUCAACAACAACAAAAUCAACGGAACUCGAGGCACCACUCGGUAGUGAUUCGGCAUUCGCUGCCAAAAAGGUCCUCUGCCGAUGGUAUUUUGCAGCGAAACGUUAAAGGUGCAAGAUCUCACUACGCUGAUGCGAGUACUUCCAUUUUCUCUUCAAAGCUUGGUGGCAUAUCGUCUUCUCCAACAUUGUCACAUGGGGCCCAGCGAAAGUCAUCAGAAGCAGGCUCAUUAUCCGUAGUUGCCGGUGCCGAAGAUGCACGAACAGCAGCCUUGGUAGUGAAAUACUCGUCCCCCUUGUGUGUCCUGCGGCGCAGGGAAGGGUCCAGUUCGUCAAGCAAGUCGAGAGGGUGCGAUAGCACCUCUGAGCGGAGUAACAGUAAUAGUAACAGCAACAGCAACAGCAACAGCAACAGCAACUUUGGGCCGAGUGGGCUUUUGCAAAAAUUCCAGAAAGGUAUUAAUAAGUUGCUGACUUCACCUCGGGCUUCUGAGGACAAAGGAAAGGCGUGUACUGCGCCGACGUUGCGUGGCGUAGGGGGAAGAGAAGAAUUGAUGACGCGCGCGUCUGCCAUUCGUAGCGCCAAGGAAGAUGAGAUCCACCUUCUGACGGAGGAGCUGCGACAACUCAACGAACGGAUCUGGCAACUGGGCUUCAUGGUGUCGGCGCCGGCGGCGGAGGGGUGCGGCGAGCCGCCGUCGACGGAGGCGGUGAGAUCCGACCUCCUGCAUUCUCUCCGUGCGGAGCGACGGUGUACAGUGGAGAAAUUGCAUAAUCUAACGCUGGAGGAGAAACAGCGAAGGAAAGGGACGAUGACAGUAGAAGAAAACAAAAAGAACUAA